AUGCUGUCUGGGAGACCCGAGAAGGCAGGGACUCUGCGAGGCCUGCUGCCGGAGGUCACGCAGCGACUGCAGGACGAUGACACUGACAUCAGGACAGGGGCCCUGACUGUCCUCAGCAACAUGCUCUGCCUGGCAGAGAGGCAGACGGCUGUCCCCAUCGCUCUGCAGCUGCCCGAGACGCUCCUGCCACUCUUUGAAAACGAGUCCAGCUACGUGCGAAGGCGCUCCAUCCUCCUCUGCAGAGAUGCGAUGGAGGUUGCAGUCGGCGCCCACAAAGAGCAGAUGAGGAAGGACGUGCAGAGGAGCCUGAUGCCCCUGUUCUUCCACCUGCAUGACCAGGAUGACAGCGUGGCUCAGGCCUCUCGGGAAGCCCUCCUUGGAGCUGCCACGUUCCUGAGGCGGAGGCAGCUCAGGCAGCUGCUGGAGACAGAGCAGACGUGGAAGGUUGGCGAGUGCCUGCUCGUGGAGGACAGCAGCAGAACAGAGGAGUACCUGCACCAGAGCCUGCCAUACCUGCAGAGCCCACAGGAGCCCUUGUGCCAGGCAGCCAUCAGGUUCACUGGCCGAAACGCCUGCUACGCCGAAAGGCGGGCGCCGCGGCGGGGGGAUUUGAACGGCAACGGCAACGGCAACGGCAACGGCCGCGCCGGGAGGCGGCUGCCGCGCCGGUGA